CACGUGACGGCGCUGAGGGGCCGGGGCCGUGAUGGCGACUUACGUGAGCGAGCUGGAGGCGGCCAAAAAGAGCCUCAGCGAGGCACUGGGCGAGAACGUGAAGCAGUACUGGGCCAACCUGAAGCUCUGGUUUAAGCAGAAGAUCAGUAAGGAGGAGUUUGACCUGGAAGCGCGCAGGCUUCUCACGCAGGACAAUGUCCACUCUCACAACGAUUUCCUCUUGGCUAUUCUCACUCGAUGCCAGAUCUUGGUUUCUGCCCCAGAAGGUGCUGGAUCUCUGCCAUGGCCAGGUGGCUCUGCUACUAAACCUGGAAAACCCAAAGGGAAGAAAAAGAUUUCUUCAGUUCGUCAAAAGUUUGAUCACCGGUUCCAGCCUCAGAACCCACUGUCAGGAGCCCAGCAGUUUGUGGCAAAGGAUCCUCAGGAGGAUGAUGAUUUGAAGCUGUGCUCUCACACCAUGAUGCUCCCAACACGUGGCCAGCUGGAAGGAAGGAUGAUUGUCACUGCCUAUGAGCAUGGGCUGGACAAUGUCACUGAGGAGGCAGUGACAGCUGUUGUUUAUGCUGUGGAGAACCACCUUAAGGACAUUCUGACCUCUGUGAUAUCCAGGAGAAAAGCCUAUCGUCUGAGGGAUGGCCAUUUCAAGUAUGCUUUUGGAAGCAAUGUCAACCCUCAGCCAUAUCUGAAGAACAGUGUUGUUGCUUACAACAACUUAAUCGAGUGCCCCCCGAGCAGCGCGACACCAUCGGCGGGUCAGAGCCUGGCCCCUCCACCUGCUCCUGAUGAUGCUGAGCAGCAGGCAGCCCUGCUCCUGGCCUGCUCUGGGGACACCCUGCCAGCAUCCCUGCCUCCAGUCAACAUGUACGACCUCUUUGAGGCACUGCAGGUGCACAAAGAAGUGAUCCCUGCACACACAGUCUAUGCUCUCAACAUUGAGAGGAUUGUCAUGAAACUCUGGCACCCAAACCACGAGGAGCUACAGCAGGACAAGAUCCAUCGGCAGCGCCUGGCAACGAAGGAGGGCCUUCUGCUCUGCUAGAGCUGGAGCUGGGCAGCCCUGCCAGCCCUCAGGUGCCUCCAGCCUGCUCCUGGGACUUGGCAUUCCAAGCCUGUGUCAGCAUCUCCAGGAUGAUGUGAUUUAUAAGUCAGCUUUUCCUAUGGAAAUGGGACUGAGUUGUGGGACACUUCCUCUGCUUUCCCAGAGUCAUGUGCCAUGUGGAGCAUUCACAGCAACACCACUGAAUUGGAAAAGAGAAACGAGACACUUUUUCAAGGACUGUUUUCUAGGAAAAAUAAAUGUGAAAGUGGAAAGAGUUGGUUUUAAAGAAGGUAUGCUUUUGUCAUCUUUUGUGAGCAUAGAGAAUUUGCCUCCUUGCCUUCCCCUCUCAAGUAGUUUCCUUCCUGAGCUCAGACUCCCGAGGCCUUGUCCAGCUUCUUUUUCAGCUUGUGGGAUCCUUUUCAUUAAUUGGUUAUGGGGUGGGCUCUUGUGAAGAUGAGCAAUUCUCUAAGCUGACGUUGUUCCUCUUCUACCAGGGGAACUUCUGAUUAGAAACUGUGAAAAAACAAGGCAAAAAGGGAAUUGUCUUGGUGGUGGAGACUUCUUGGAUUUGCAGCAUGAGCAAAUCUCUCUUAUCACUUCCUUGUAAAAAUAUGCAGCCUUGUGUUACUUCAUUAUGAAAUUAUGCAGCCACACCUCUCCACAUGGGAGAUGUGCAGAUCACUGUGUAAAAGAAGAAAUUCCACCUUCUGGGUUUCAGGUGCUCUGCUGUAUCCCUGAGUCAGCUGUGGGAAUUACCUUAUUAUAGGAAGAAAAUUCCAUUGAAGUGUCUUUAAUUACUACAUGGACUGGGUUUGACCUCAAACGUGGAGGUACCUGCUGAAGUGUGACUCAUUUACUGUGCCUCCAGAUAAAUGGAAUUGAAACAGCUUCUUCUGGGUGAAUGUGAAAGGGGAAGCUCAUGGUUCUACAUCAUUCUGGUUUUCCUUUCUGGAAUGUAUUUAUGUAUUUGGAUGGGAAAUCUGU